AUGGUCUCCAUAAUAAAGAAUACGGAAGAUUUUGAAAAGAAAUUGGCAAAUGCCGGAGAAAAAUUAGUUAUACUCGAUUUCUAUGCCACCUGGUGUGGCCCAUGCAAGGAAAUGGAUCCCCAUAUUCGCAAGCUGACACAAAAGUACAAAGACCAGGCCAUGGUUCUGAAAAUCAAUGUGGACAAAUUCAACGAAAUCAGUGACUAUUAUAAAGUGAAGAGUAUGCCCACAUUUGUUUUUAUUAAAAAUAAGAAACGUUUAUCGAGUUUUGCCGGCGCUGAUGAUAUGCUGCUGCAACAGAGAGUGGAACAAUAUGUAAAGUAA